AUGAUCUCCUGGGGCCGGAGACCAGUAGCAGGGAGGAGGUGGUGGCAGCCACUGCUGCUUCCAUCAGGUCAGGGCAGGCAGGGUGGCCAAGGGAAUGUACAGGAGCCGGAGAAGAACGGCUGCGGUGGCCUUGGUUUUGUUCCUGGCCAAAAUGUAUCGUUAGUUUGGUUGUUUGGCGCGACGUGGGCGCAAUCCGAUCCUGCUGGGCCCAACGUGAAUCAACCACAGGCGGGCGAGGAUAGGGCAACAACAGUUGUCCCUGUUGAUAAUUUAGAGAUGGAAUCACCAACCAAAGCUCCAACAACUGAUUCAAGCAGCACUGGUGAACCUGUACAAUCGUGUAUCAUCCCUGACUGUUAUGUGGACGCAUCCAUUCCUCCGGAGUCACAGAUUGCAGCGCCUACCCCGGCUGGACUGGGCAUCUAUUUGUCUAAUUUACAGGUAUACAACAACUUGAGGCCAAACUAUGCAUUUGUCGAACCAGAUUACGAAAGAGUAAGGUGUUGUAUUGAGAUAGCUAUAAACUGCAUGGACAAGGACCGACGUAAAAGGCCUAGAAUUAGUGAUGUCGUCAGUAAAUUAGAUGAAAUAGAUUUUUUUUCAAGCCUGCAACAGCAUCCUGCUGCGAAGGAAGCUGAAGGGUCGACGGUCGCCAUCCACAGCCAAGACGAGUGGAACAACCAGGUUGACGCCGACAAGCUGGUAGUGAUAGACUUCCCUGCGACCUGGUGCUCAAUGUCCCGUGGGAUGGCUCCGGUUUUUGCUGAUACUGCCAAGAAGUUCACAAAUGAAACUAUUUUAUCAGAAUCAGAUCAAUUUUAUUCCGCGUCGCAAGCAAUUAGAAAGAUACUGGAGAUCAGUUAUGGUGAUCUACCUCUUCCUGUGAAGUCUUCCUUCCUGUACUUGACUGCUUUUUCAGGAAAUUAUAUGAUCAAGAAAGAUCGUCUGAUACGAAGAUGGGUAGCUGAAUGGCUAAUCCCUGAAAGGCAAGGAAAGAGCUCGUUGGAAACAGGGGAGAGAUACUUUGUUGAGCUUAUCAAUAGGAGGCUGAUCCAACCAGCCUUUGACGACAACGAUGAUCAGCCAACUGGCUGCGCUGUUCAUGGUGACGUAGCCAAUUUCUUGGCAUCCUUGUCAAAUGAAGAAAACUUCAUUACACCGGGUGCAGAGUUGAAUUCUAGACUAUUUCGGCAAGUUAACCUUGACAUCAACUAUGGUUAUGAACACGAAGGUGAUACCUUGUUCUCGGACACGUGUUGUCUUCUAGAGCAGAAGAGUUGGGUGGUUUCAUGCAGUGAUGAAAACUCAAGCAGUGGCAUCAACAAAGCAAUUUCUCUGCACCUAUAUAGGGUGCAAUCCAUUGCAUUUUGGGCCUUCAAACACGUGCGGGUGCUGGAUCUUGAAGAUACCAAGGGCUUGGAAAACAAACAAUUGGAAAGCCUUGGACGUCUGUCUCUGCUGAGGUACCUGGGACUGAGCAGGACCGAUGUCACCAGGUUGCCACCAGAAAUCAUGGCACUUAAACAAUUAACUACCUUAAAUCUAAGGCAAACCAAAGUGAGAAGGCUACCGAGAUUUGGAGACAUGAAGCUGGUGUCUCUGCUUGCCGAUGAAUUGAUAAUACUGGGAGGAAUGGGGGGAAUGCAAGAAUUGGAGGAAUUAUCGAAAGUCCUUCUAGGUCCGAAUGGCUUGCUUGCUGGCGAUGUGGCAAGGCUUGUUACUAAGUUGGGGCGGCUGAGGAUGCUUGGGGUAAGAUUUAGCCAUUUGCUUGGUCAGAAUGAAACUGAUCGGCAGGGAGUGAAGCAUUUCCUCGAGGAGGUGGGGAAAUCAAACCUGCAGUCCCUUUUUCUUGACAACUACCACCAUCAGCUGCUUGACUUACUGGCUGCUUCAAGCUGGGCCAACAAUAGGCCACAUCACCUGCGAAAAUUUGAGCUGAGGAUGCACGAAUGCCUCCCACUGGUCCCACCAGUUAUUGCCUCGCUGAGAGCCCUCACGCACUUGCAUAUCCAUGUUGAAGCAGUCGAAGCAGAAGCUGUCCGCGCCCUUGGGUACUUGCCUAACUUAGUCCUCCUAAACCUACGUCUAAGUACGAGCACAGGGCUGGCCGUGGGUAGCAAGGAUGGGUUUCAUUGCCUCAAGGUGUUUUCGUAUCACGGUGCAUUAGGGCUGCAGUUUGGAGAAGGAGCCAUGCCACAGCUCAGGAGGCUUUGCCUAGACCUUGAUGCCAGGGAAGAAAUACCCGAAUUUGAAUCUUUGGAAUUUGGCAUCCAGCAUCUCACUUGUCUAGUGCAGGUCCGUGCAACUAUUCACUGCAAGGAUACUUUGGCAGCUUCAGAGGUGGAGGCAGCAGAGGCCCACAUCAGAGGCCAAGUAUCUCUGAACCCCAACAAUCGGGUAUUGGAAUUGAACACAAGAGUGCAGCGCUCUGCUGCGAAGGCAGCCGAGGCGCCGGUGAUCGCCAUCCAGAGCCUGGAUGAGUGGAGCAGUCAGGUCUGCCCCGACAAGCUGGUGGUGGUUUUCUUCACUGCGAGCUGGUGCAGACUGUCCCACAGGAUGGAUCCAGUUUUUGCUGAUCUCGCCAAGAAGAACCCAAAUGUGGUUUUCCUCAAGGUUGAUGUUGAUGUUGGUGAAAUGAGCAUUAUUGCUGAGCAGUCGAGUGUUAAAGGCGUGCCGACAUUCCUCUUCAUGAGGGAGGGCACAGUUAAGGACAGGGUUGUUGGCGCAGACAAGGAAGAGCUGGAGGAGAAGCUUUUGGAGCAGUUGUCCCUGAUGCCUUGGCUGCGCCUCUAUGUUUGA